UAAUCGUUCCCUAACCGUCGCGUUUCGCACUUCAUCAACGCUUCUUCGCGUUUCCGGUGUCUCCUCUCGUCUGUGUUGUUACUGGUUCUCGACGAAGGCGAUGACGACGAAUGUUGGAGAGGAGGAUAAGCAAUCGAUUCCUUCAAUCGAAUUGAAGGAGAAUAUUGAGCUCACUGAUAAAGAACGGAAAAUUUUCGACCGGCUUCUUAGUACUCUCCGUUACUGUAACCUCGACACGCAGCUUCGUGUCGCCGGUGGUUGGGUCCGUGAUAAGCUGUUAGGGAAAGAAAGUGAUGAUAUUGAUAUAGCUAUUGAUAAUAUGUCUGGAAGUGAAUUUCUUGAUAAGUUCAAGGAAUAUUUAUCUUCGAGAGAUGAAGAAGUACAAGGCGACACUGUUAUUGAAAGGAACCCUGACCAAUCUAAACAUUUGGAGACAGCAAAGAUGCGCAUUUAUGACCAAUGGAUAGAUUUUGUGAACUUGAGAAGUGAAGAAUACACAGAGAAUAGUCGUAUUCCUACAAUGAAAUUUGGCACGGCAAAAGAGGAUGCUUUUCGUAGAGAUUUAACCAUAAAUAGUUUAUUCUACAACAUCAACUCUGGCUCAGUAGAAGACCUUACAGAGAGAGGCAUCGAUGACCUCAAGUCCGGAAAAAUUGUUACACCCUUGCCCGCAAAAGCUACAUUUUUGGAUGAUCCUUUGCGAGUUCUCCGAGCUAUCCGCUUUGGUGCAAGGUUUGGUUUUACUCUGGAUGAAGAACUAAAAGAAGCUGCUUCAAGUGAGGAAGUAAGGGUUGCUCUUGGAGAAAAAAUUAGCAGAGAGCGGAUUGGGAAUGAAAUUGACUUGAUGAUAUCUGGGAAUGGACCAGUUUCAGCGGUUACCUAUCUUUCUGAGAUGAAAUUAUUUACGGUUGUGUUUUCCCUUCCCUCUUCAGCUGAGCCUUCACCAUCAGAGAAUUGUGGCAGCCUCUCCCAAGCUUACUUGGAAGCUAUGUGGAGCCUGCUUCAAACACCUCGGCUAGGAAAUUUUAGUGGUGAACAAAGACGGCUUGCUCUUUAUGCUGCUAUGUUUCUCCCUUUUAGGAAAACUGUAUACAAGGACAGUAAGGGCAAAUCGAUUCCUGUUGUCAACCACAUCUUUAAAUUCUCCAUGAAGAGGAAAACCAGUGACGCUGAAACAGUUAUGAAUAUACAUCAGACUAUGGAGAGAUUUCGAUCGUUGAUUCCAUCCCUUGAGGCAAAGAACGACGUGGAACUGGACGAGCUUGAUUGGGCCGCGUAUAUUCUUGAUCACUGGAAGGCCAUCACCCUUAAUGAUCCACUGGUACCAGCAACUUCGAAAAUAAGAGUACUUACAGGGUUUCUACUUAGAGAUAUAAAAGACUUCUGGCGUGUUUCUCUCUUAACAUCUUUGUUAUUGUCUGCUACGGUUGACGGUAUGAACAAAGAUCAAGAUAUCGGGCAGCUGGACUUCCAACUGGAAAAGAUGCGAGAAACUUAUCUGACAGUUGAGACCACCAUUCAUGAUCUGGGUCUUGAUAGCAUCUGGGAUGCAAAGCCUCUAGUGAAUGGCAGGGAGAUAAUGCAGAUUGCUGAGCUGAAGGGAGGAUCCCUCAUCCGUGAAUGGCAACAGAAGCUGCUCACAUGGCAGCUGGCUUACCCCAACGGCACCGCAGAGGAGUGCAAGGAGUGGAUGAGAUAUAUCAAAGCCAAACGACAAAGGACAGAGUGACUUUAGAAUCUAGUGGCUAGUUGUGCUGUGUAGUCUUAUAAAAAUCCACUAACAUU